AUGGGAAAUUGUUCUUUUUCAAAGUCAUGUGAAGUUAUAGAGCCAAGUAACAUUUAUUACUUAAUUUAAGAUAUAUCGAUUAAAGAUUUUGAUCUCUAAAAAAUUUUAGGAUCUGGUUCUUCUGGAAAAGUGUGGAAGGCUUUAAAUAGAACAAAUAAAUAAUUGGUUGCAAUAAAAGUAAUCUCAAAACUAUUGUAAAUUGAGCUUUUUAUAUUAGGAUCUUAAAGUAGGGAACAGUAUCUCAUGUUAUAAAUGAAAAAAAUAUACUAUCUCAGAUAAAAAAUCCAUUCAUAGUGAAUUUGAAUGCAGCAUUUUAAGACAAUUAUAAUCUAUACUUAUGUAUUGAUUUAAUGUCAGGAGGUGACCUUAGAUAUCAUCUUAAUAAGAAAAAGUAAUUUUCAGAAAGUUAGACAAGUAUAACAAUUAUUCUAUAUAGAAUUUUUUAUUGCUUGUAUUUUCAUUUCUUUAGAUUAUCUUCACUAAUAAGGGAUAAUUCAUAGAGAUUUAAAACCUGAAAACCUUGUUUUUGACAAAUAAGGAUAUAUCCGAUUGACUGAUUUUGGUAUGGCUGGAAUAUGGAGACCAAAUUCAUUAGACUAUGUUUGUGGAAGUGUAGGUUACAUUGCUCCAGAGAUGAUUCUUAAAAAACAACAUGGAAUAGGGGUUGAUUAUUUCGCUUUAGGAAUUAUUGCUUAUGAGUGCAUGUUAGGAAAAAGACCAUAUGAAGCAAAUGAUUUAAAAUAAAUGAAAGAUUUGUUACUAUCUUAAUAAAUUUAAUUAAAGAGAUCAGAAUUACCUAUAGAAUGGUCCAUAGAAGCAGGUGACUUUGUAAAUAGAGUAAUAUUGUCUUCAUAAGCCUAGUUAAUUAAAAUAAAAGCUGAAGAUAGAUUAGGAACAAAUGAUCCUCAAGAGGUAAUGAAACAUCCAUGGUUUAAAAAUUUUGAUUGGAACAAGCUCAUAUCUAAACAAAUGAAUCCUCCUUAUGUUCCUAAAAAAUCUAUUGGAUACAGUAAUUGUCAAAAGUGUAAAGAAAGUAAAUAAAAAUUAUUAAAUAUUGAUAUUUUAAAUUCAAACCAAUCAUGUAAAAAAUAUUAAUAUAAAUAAGAAUUUGCAGGGUAUCAUUUUAAUCCAAAGAAUAAUAACAUCAAAUUAAAAUGA